CAACUCGUUCAUCAUCUCUUUGUUCCUCCAAUGUUGGAAAUGGCACAAAACCGUCCAAUGGCCUCACGUUGCAUGAUAAUAACACUCAUCACGAUGAGUACGUUGCUCUCCAUGGUGUGCCAACCCAAGCUCUUGACCGAUUCACUGUACCAGGACCUCCUCUCUCUCCCCAUCGCCGACAACCUCCACGUUGACCCCGAAUCCAUCCGCGAGGCCUCUGUCGACUUCGGCCUCAUCGUCCGAGAAACUCCCGCGGCUGUCCUUCACCCGUCUCGCCCCGAAGACAUUGCGAUCCUCGUGGCAUUCGCUUACAAUAGACCCUCUACUCCUCUCACUAUCUCGGCCAGAGGAUGCGGCCACUCCGUCCAGGGACAAGCCAUGGCUCGUGAUGGGGUCGUCGUGGACAUGACGUCUCUCGGUAACAAGGGAAGUAGGACCACUGUAUCGUGGAGCCCGUCGCUCGGUCACUAUGCCGACGUUGGUGGACAGCAACUGUGGAUCGAUGUGUUGGAGGAGACGCUGAAACAUGAUGUUGCGCCAGUUUCGUGGACAGAUUACUUGUACCUAACCGUGGGCGGUACGCUCUCCAAUGCAGGCAUUAGCGGGGAAACAUUUCGAUAUGGCCCUCAGAUCAACAAUGUCUAUGAAAUGGAUGUUAUUACUGGAACUGGGGACUAUUUGACUUGCUCCCACGACAAAAAUCCCGAGUUAUUUUAUGCUGCCCUAGGUGGUCUUGGUCAAUUUGGCAUAAUAACCAGAGCAAGGGUGGCACUGGGUCCGGCUCCAAAGAGAGCUAAGUGGGUGAAAAUGCUAUACAGUGAUUUUUCAGCUUUUACGAUGGGCCAAGAACAUUUGAUAUCACGCCAUGGAAGGGACCAGGAUGAAGCGAUGGACUAUGUAGAAGGUUCGCUUCUCAUGCGCCGAAAUUCAGGCAGCUGGAUAUCUUUCUUCUCUCCCUCCGACCACCAGCGGCUGAUGUCCCUCGUGACCGAACACGAGCUCCUCUACUGUAUCGAAGUAGCCAAAUUCUACGAUGAGCGCACCCAAAGUACGGUGGACAAGGACCUGGAGAUGAUAUUGAAAGAUUUGAGCCAUGUCCCCGAGUUCAUGUUCGAGAAAGAUGUCGCCUACGUAGAUUUCUUGAACAGGGUACGAGUUAGUGAGCUGAAGCUCCAAGGACAGGGGCUAUGGAACGUUCCUCACCCGUGGCUCAACCUAUUCGUGCCCAAAUCUCGCAUUGCCAAUUUCAACACGGGCGCUUUCAAGAACAUUGUUCUGAAAAAGAACAUAACAACCGGAACUGUCCUCAUUUACCCUAUGAACAAAAAUAAAUGGGACGAUAGAAUGUCUGCUGUUAUACCUGAUGAAGAUGUCUUCUAUACGGUUGGAUUCUUGCAUUCGAGUGGGUUUGAAGACUGGCAAGAGUUCGACCUUCAAAAUAAGGAGGUGCUCCUUUUUUGUGAAGAUAAUGGUAUUAAGGUCAAGCAAUACCUCCCAAAUUACAACACCGAAAGAGAGUGGAUGCAACACUUCGGUCCGAAAUGGAGGACUUUUCAAGAGGGCAAAGCUCAGUUCGAUCCGAAAAUGUUGUUGUCUCCUGGGCAGAGGAUCUUCAACCACAACUACAAGCAUGGAUUCGAGCUUUGAUGGGGUUCAGGGUUCAGUAGGUUUUCUACGCAAGCACUUAAUUAUGUCUCCAUGAAUAAUGAAUGCUUACUUAGCUUUGUCAUAAUUUCAGAUGUA